AGUUUCUAUGCUGCAUGGGACCACAACCUAUUUAAGUAGCAGGCGACCCAUGUGUUGUUUAUAUGCAAUCUUCAAACUUGAGUCCAAUGCCAGCCGAUUACUUCAAAACUAUCUUCUUGAGCUGACGUGUCUUCAAGAACAGACACAUGUUGUUGGGCAUCAGGGAAGCUCAGACGAGGCUUUGUGUAAGAAAUCAUGUCCGACGGUGACUUGUCUAAUGCCAGAGAGGCUGUCCUUAAGCCUAGCUGCAUGCUCCCGGAGGACACGCUAAAGAUCAGGGGCUACGACUUCAACAAGGGGGUGGAUCUCCAGGCAGUGAUGGACUCCUUCAUCACCACAGGCUUCCAGGCCAGCAGCUUGGGAUUGGCUAUCCAAGAAAUAAACGUCAUGAUAGAGAAGCGUCUUGAGCCAGUGGAGGAGGGUGAAGACAAAGAGCCCGAUGAAUAUGGCAGCAAGGCAGGCUGCACCAUCUUCCUGGGUUACACCUCCAACCUCAUUAGCUCGGGAGUCAGAGAGAGCAUCCGUUACCUGGCUGAGCACAAAAUGGUGGAUGUGAUUGUAACCACAGCUGGAGGCAUAGAAGAGGACUUCAUCAAGUGUAUGGGUAACACAUACUUGGGAGAUUUUAACCUGUCUGGCAAGGAACUCCGCCUUAAGGCCCUCAACAGGAUAGGGAAUCUGUUGGUGCCCAAUGACAACUACUGUAUGUUUGAGAACUGGCUGAUGCCCAUCCUGGAUCAGAUGCUGUUGGAGCAGAACGAACAGGGGACCCAUUGGACUCCUUCCAAAAUGAUCCAUCGGCUUGGCAAGGAGAUCAAUAAUACUGACUCUGUCUACUACUGGGCGUACAAGAAUAACAUUCCCGUGUUCAGUCCCGCGCUGACAGAUGGCUCUCUGGGUGACAUACUCUACUUCCACACUUUUAAGAAGCCGGGCUUGAUUUUGGACCUUGUGGAAGAUAUUCGUGGGAUGAACGAAAAGGCAGUGUUUGCCAAAAGGACGGGAAUGAUCAUCCUGGGAGGAGGGCUGGUCAAACAUCACAUAUGCAACGCUAAUCUUAUGAGAAACGGGGCUGACCACGCUGUGUUUGUGAACACGGGUCAGGAGUUUGAUGGCUCUGACUCUGGAGCCAGACCUGACGAGGCUGUGUCUUGGGGCAAGAUCAGGAUGGAUGCCAAACCUGUGAAGGUGUAUGCAGAUGCCUCUCUGGUCUUCCCUCUGAUUGUGUCCCAGACCUUCGCUACCCACGCCGACAAGUUGACUGCCAGGAAGAAAACAGAAUAAAAUGUUUUCCCCCCGAAAAUGCUUUGUUAGAAGCAACCUCCAUGUGCGGAUAUAAGUUAGAUCUUAUAAAAACGACAUACAAUGCUGUAGUUGAAAACUUUAUUUAUUGGAAGCCGUGGUGAAGGGUUUCCUAACAUUAGUUUAUGGUAAAACAAACAGCUUUUUUCUCUAUUCAAAUUGUUGAAAUAGUAUGGAAUAGAAGGCUGCACCAAAGAGACUGUUCAGAAUGCAUCAGGUUUUAGCUGUGUGUGUGUGUGUGUGUGGGUGUGGCUGCGGGUGUGAGAGUGUGUGUUUUAAUAGAAACGCACGUUAUUUAAGAGUUAUGAUUUACUGUUGUUUUAUUGUGGCAUGGCGCACUGUCCUAUCCCUUGUAUAUUACCUCAUCGCUUCUCAGUUUUAUCCUUCAUUUCCCUGUUACAGGUUGAAAUAUGUGCCUGUAUGACUUCAAUAAAUCUUAAAUUAAUAUUUCAAUCCGA